GUAGAUCCUCUGUUUCUGCACUCUAUAUAUAAUCAACCACCUUCACUCCCCUUCGCACACUAAACCCAGUGGGCUCAAGACCAGACUCGAGAGAGCUAGAGUAUAGAAACCAGCCGUAUAAACAAGGAAACAGCUCCAAUGGGUUCCCUGGCUCAAAAAUCAGUUCUCGUACUAUGCGGCGACUACAUGGAAGACUACGAGGUCGCCGUCCCAUUCUAUAUCCUUGGAGCCUUCGGCGUCCGCGUCGACUGCGUCUCCCCUGGCAAACUCCCCGGCCACCGAUGCUUCACCGCCGUCCAUGACUUUAUGGGCUUCGAGCUUUACACAGAGCUGCAGGGGCAUUUCUUCACACUGAACGCCAACUACGAGCAAGUGAAGGCCGACUCCUACGACUGCCUCCUGAUCCCCGGCGGCAGGUUCACGGAGCUCCUGAGCGCCGACGACAAGGUGGUGGCUCUGGUGAGGAGGUUUGCGGAGGCCGGGAAGCCGGUUGUCACCAGCUGCCACAGCCAGAUCAUGUUGGCCGCGGCGGGGCUGCUGGAAGGGAAGAAGUGCACCGCCUUCACUAGCUUGAAGCCGGUGAUCGAGCUCGCCGGCGGGAUCUGGUGGGAGCAGCCUGGGAUUCAGUCGGUGCUCGACAUCACCGCCUGCCUUACCGACGGCAACAUCAUUAGCUCAAUUGGGUGGCCGGCUCAUGGGGAGUACAUGAAGGUUGUGCUGGAAUCCAUCGGGGCCAAAAUCGCUGGGCCUACCAAGCCCAAUUCUGUACUCGUCGUCUUCGCUGAUUAUGUAGAAGACUACGAAGCAAACGUGCCUUUCCGGGCGCUGCAAGGACUGGGUUGCAAAGUGGACGCAGUGAGCCCAACAAAGAAAAGAGGGAAGAGUUGCCCCACCGCAAUCCACGACGACGAGGGAGCCCAAAUCUGCAGCGAGAAGCGCGGCCACAACUUCGUCGCCACUGCCAACUGGGACGACAUCUCCGUCGACGACUACGACUGCCUCGUGCUGCCCGGCGGGCGGGGUCCGGAGCUCCUGGUCUCCAACGACAAGGUGAUUGCUCUGGUGAAGGAGUUCUCUGACAAGGGCAAGGUGAUCGGCGCCGUCGGACAGGGGAAACUGCUCCUGGCCGCGGCGCGGGUCCUGAAGGGGAAGAGGUGCGCCGUCGACCACGGCACGAAGGUGCUCGUCAAGGUGGCCGGCGGCGAGGUGACGGAGGGGGAAGGGUGCGUGACCCACGGCAAGCUUGUCACGGCGAGCGGGUGGCCGACACUUUCUGAUUUCGUGUCGCAGUUGUCCAAAGCACUCGGCUUGUCCGUCUCGUUUUGAUGCGUUUUGGAUUCAAGUUGAUGGGGGUGUGGGAUUGGAUCUAAUAAAGUAAACGCGAUGUGAAAUUUGUGUGUAGUAUGUUCGGUCUUGUCAUGGCCACAUGGUUGCUAUAGCCUAUAAGUCUUUGUUUUUAUGUGUUAGAGACGAGUACGUUGUAACAUCUUUCAAUUCAUCCAUUUUAUUUUCCGGCGAGGAAAAACUUGUGUUUGAACGCAAUGAAUGCACAUUGACUUUUUGAACAACGACAAUCAACACGGUUCACAGCUCUCCGAACAAUGUUCGAACGAGAGUGUUUGAUGUUUUUUAUGGUUUUUUGGGAACAAGCUAGGUUACGUUACUCGACUCCUAUGGAGGUUCAUUGAGAGCUCCAAAAACUAAAACUAUGGCUAAUUUGCAGAGAAAAGAAUAAAGUUUGACAUUGUGCGUCAAAUGUUUGGUUGUGGAACCUUUGAUUCGUCUUCGUUUCCCCUAUUUAUAGCCAUAACUUGUAACCGCCUUGCCCCAAAGAAAAAAGGACAUAAGGCUUGAGAUACUUGCAUUGAUCAACCGAUCAUGUCGCACCCGAUCAUCUUUCAACAAGUAUGCAUCCUUAGACAGGUGGCAUGGAAGUUACAUGAUCCAUGACGGACAGCUAGUCAGCUACUCAUGCCAUGAAGUGACAUGAUGUACUCAAACGAGCGUAAGGGGCUCCAUAGACCCAACCACCUGACUCGUUGUUUACCAGUCAUGACAAAGUCUUCACAUCGCAAGUGUUACAACUCUAAUUUCUUUGUUUUAUAGCAAUGAUUGGCUUUUUUUCUCUUAUUUUACUAGUAUUUAUUUAUUUUAAUAUAGCAAAGAGUGACAUGCAUCACUUUUCUCCAUACCCUUUGGCCACCACAAACGUGCCAAAGGUGUAUACACACUGCCAAGUCCAUGGAUUAAACCAGACAAGCCAUCCAUAGACCACAUGUUUACUCUCCUUAGAAAGAGAUGGCUCCUUAUCAGUUGGUUUUGAAUUUCCCAACUCAACCACGGAUUGUGCCCGGUCCACUUGUCUUACCUUGGUGGCCUUGUAGGGGGUCUCCCGAUCCUCUGCCUUAGCCACCUUACUAGACAUGUUGGGUUGAUGUUGAACCUGAUGUGCUUCUCUCGUUUCUGGUGAUACACUAGGUAUUCUUAACUCAUUGGGCUCAUGAAAGAGACCACGAGUUUUAAUAUUCCUUGGUUCACCGCAGCCAUGCUUGUUCAUCCCAUAUAGUUGGGAAGAGGAGUGGUUGGACUCAACGAAUCGAUGACCACCCUUGUGUCCAACAUGGCCAUGUUCAACCCUUACGCCUUGCUGACUUCUACACGUAGCACAUAACGACUUCUGGUUCUUUGUAUGACCAUGUUUGGUUAUUGUAUGCCGAGAUGUCUUAUUCAUGUCCCCUUGUCUGCCAUUCAUGUUUGGCAUGCCAUGAGGGCUUUUAAGCAUGGACUUGCUUCUUUGUCCAUCCAUUAACACACUCUCGUGAUGGUGAAAAUCAUAGAGGGCUUGAGUGCAAUGAACACCACUAGACUUGCCCCCACUCGUUUCUUCACUUUCGAUGACAUGCCCCCUGUCCAUUGGUUGGAUACAUGCCCCUCAUACUGAAAGAACCCCGCUUCUAGGGAUUCUAGGGACUGAUCUUCGACACUCGUGAGAUUGGGAUUUAGGGUUUGAGAUUUAGGGAUUUAGAUGAGAAUUGGGGAUUAGGGAUUGAAGAAUAGAAUUGGGGUUGAGAU